CCCCCGCCUCCCGCGCGCUCGGGCCCCGGCGUCUCCGGCCCCGCCCGCGCCGGGGUCGAUGCAGUCCCCGCGGCUGCCCCGGGCUCCCUCCCAGGCGGCCCGGCCUUACUCCAGCCUGGGAGCUCCUCGGGGGGAGCGCGGGACAGCCAGGGAGGCCGCGGCGGGGGCCCCGGGCGCCGAGCUCUGCGAUCCGGGGAGGCGGCCCGACUCCGGGAGCCGGAACGCAGGGAAGGCAAGGACGGGGCGGCCGGCKGAUGGGCGGGCGCCGCUCAUCAGCCACGCCAGUCACGUCUGGGGCCACCGGCUGCCUUCUCCUUCCUUUCCCCCUUGCUUUCUCCCCCCGCCCCUGUCGGCGAGGGCAAAGUGGCGGUGGCGGCGCCAUGCCCGGGCCGGAGUGAGUGCGCGCGGGCGAAGAUGGCGUACAUCCAGCUGGAACCACUGAACGAGGGUUUUCUUUCUAGAAUCUCUGGUCUGCUGAUGUGUAGAUGGAGCUGCCGGCACUGCUGUCAGAAGUGCUACGAGUCCAGCUGCUGCCAGUCAAGUGAGGAUGAAGUGGAAAUCCUGGGGCCCUUCCCCGCGCAGACUCCUCCCUGGCUGAUGGCCAGCCGGAGCAGCGAGAAGGAUGGCGACUCCGUCCACACAGCCAGCGACGUCCCCCUCACUCCCCGKACCAACUCCCCGGAUGGGAGACGCUCGUCCUCAGACACAUCCAAGUCCACCUACAGCCUGACCCGGAGGAUUUCCAGUCUGGAGUCGCGCCGCCCCAGCUCCCCGCUCAUCGACAUCAAGCCCAUGGAGUUCGGGGUCCUCAGCGCCAAGAAGGAGGCCAUCCAGCCGUCGGUGCUGCGCCGGACCUACACCCCCGACGACUACUUCAGGAAGUUCGAGCCGCGGCUCUACUCCCUGGACUCGAGCAGCGACGACGUGGACUCGCUGACGGACGAGGAGAUCCUGUCCAGGUACCAGCUGGGCAUGCUGCACUUCAGCACGCAGUACGACCUGCUGCACAACCACCUGACGGUGCGCGUCAUCGAGGCCCGGGACCUGCCGCCCCCGCUCUCCCAGGACGGCGCGCGCCAGGACCUGGCGCACUCCAACCCCUACGUCAAGGUGUGCCUGCUGCCCGACCAGAAGAACUCCAAGCAGACGGCCGUCAAGCGCAAGACCCAGAAGCCCGUGUUCGAGGAGCGCUACACCUUCGAGAUCCCCUUCCUCGAGGCCCAGCGGAGGACCCUGCUCCUGACCGUGGUGGACUUCGACAAGUUCUCCCGCCACUGCGUCAUUGGGAAAGUGUCCGUGCCCCUGUGCGAGGUGGACCUGGUGAAGGGCGGCCACUGGUGGAAGGCGCUGAUCCCCAGCUCUCAGAAUGAAGUGGAGCUGGGGGAGCUGCUCCUGUCUCUGAAUUACCUCCCGAGUGCCGGGAGACUGAAUGUGGACAUCAUUCGAGCCAAGCAGCUUCUUCAGACCGAUGUGAGCCAAGGCUCAGACCCAUUUGUGAAAAUCCAGCUGGUGCACGGACUCAAGCUCGUGAAAACCAAGAAGACAUCCUUCCUAAGAGGCACCAUUGACCCUUUCUACAAUGAGUCCUUUAGCUUCAAGGUUCCCCAAGAAGAACUGGAGAAUGCCAGCCUCGUGUUCACAGUGUUCGGCCACAACAUGAAGAGCAGCAACGACUUCAUCGGGAGGAUUGUCAUCGGCCAGUACUCCUCGGGGCCCUCCGAGUCCAACCACUGGCGACGGAUGCUCAACACCCACCGCACGGCCGUGGAGCAGUGGCACAGCCUGAGGUCACGGGCGGAGUGUGACCGCGUGUCCCCUGCCUCCCUGGAGGUGACCUGAGGGCCGCAGGGGCGAAGGCUUUCAAUUGCUU